AUGGACCUCCUUCGUAGGAACCCGGAUAUUCACUACGCCGAUCCUCAGAAGGAGCUCAAUGUUGGCAUCUGGACGCUGUAUGCGGGUGCGACAGGAUUCCUCGCCGCGCGCGUUGGGUCUAAGGUCACCCGCCGGCAUGGACUGUGGUGGGAUGACUACAUUUUGCUCUUCGCUUGGUGCAUCCUCACGAUAACGGACACUAUCAUAGCGAUCGAGUAUGCGACUGGCUAUGUCAGCCCUGAAUGGGAUGAUCGAAUGCAUAUAUUGAUCAACAUCACUUCGUGCGGCAAUCUCCUGGGUCAAUCCUUGACAAAGUCCGCAUUUGCAGUCACAUUGCUGAAGUUGACGAGAGGUUUCUCCCACUGGAAGAUCUGUCACGGUGUGUUGUGGUUCUGCAUAUGUGUCGUGGAGUGGGGAAGAAUCUGCGAUUCUCCCAGCUACCAAGUGUGGUAUCGGCUAGACUUUUGCUUGAGCAAGCAUUCUCGAAACAGGUUCAAGGAGGGCGGCAACUAUUACAAUGUCGUUAUGGACUUCGUGUUUGCCGCAUUUCCCUGGGUUGUCACCUACGGCUUGGACAUGAAGAGGAAAGAGAAGAUAGCGCUUUGUCUAACCAUGAGUCUGGGUAUGGUCGUCGCCAUCGAAUCAGCUAUCCGAACAGAAUGGAAGUUCGAUGGAAACAAGAAGGAUGAAUGGUACUUCUGGCGCAACGCUAUGAGCAACAUAUGGUACAGCUCAGAGGUUACUGGCACCGUUAUCGUCCAAUGCGUGCCGGUGCUGCGACCCCUGGUUCAAGACCUUCAUACGUCGUUACGGUCGAAAAGUUUGGGUUCCACGAUUGAUGAGGUGGCAUUAGACAAUUUCGAGCCACAUUGGUACCAUGCGAAAUAG